CAGGUAGGAGAGCGUCUCACCUGAGCGCGUGCGCUCUCUCUCUCUCUCUCUCUCUCUCUCUCAUACACACACACACACAUACACACACAUUCAGAGAAUAAUGGGGGGAGAAGAAAUCAGGAGAACCAGGAGAAACAGCAGAAGACCCUUUUUUACAGUUCUCCUGCUCUUUAUCCACAUAGACGGAAUAGUCACUCAAGAUCUGUUCCAUGAACAAACAUCAAACCUGAAGGAUUUCCAGAUUGUCAUUCCUCAGCUUGUGCACAAACGAUGGCAGAGACAUGACAAGAGUACGAGAACAUACGAGCAGACAACAGAUUCAGGGAGUUUGACCUACUCAAUUAAGAUUGAUAACACUGUUCAUCUCUUACAUCUAACCAAAAACAAAGACUUUUUAUCUCCUGAUUUCACGGUGGUCUCGCACGAUGUGCGUCGAAACGCUAUGAAAAAGCACAAAGAGAAACCUGUGUUGUGUCAUUACUACGGCCGAGUCUCGGGUUAUGAGGAAUCUCUGGUGGCUCUAAGCACCUGUGAUGGACUCAGGGGUGUCAUUUUCAUGGGGAACAAGAGUUAUGCCCUGGAACCUGCUUUACAUGCAAAAAACAACGAGCACAUCCUGUUUCCUGUGGAAAGCAGCAAGUCGGAGCCAUUUGUGUGUGGAGUAGACACUGAGCAUGAUUUUCAUGGCUCCCGUGACCACACCUUGUUUAUGGACACAUUUUUACGGAAAAAGCGCAACCUUCCUCAGACCAGAUACGUGGAGCUGGCAUUAGUCGUGGACAAUCUGAGGUUUAAAUUGAUGAACAGCAACGUUGUGGCCGUGAGGAAUCAAAUGGUGCAGCUGGCCAAUUUACUGGACACGUACUACCAGCAGCUGAAUAUUCGUAUCGUCCUGGUGGGCCUGGAGAUUUUCAAUACGAGCAACCCGUUUGAUGUGACAGGAAAUGCCGUAGAUGUUUUAGGAAGCUUUGUCAGUUGGAGGAAAAGUAAUCUGUUGCCACGGGUCAGGAACGACAUGGCCCAGCUCAUCGUGGGUCUUUCGGGAGCGUACAGCGGAGGGAUCUUGGGCAUGGCUUACGUCGGCACUGUUUGCUCAGCAGGCAGCGGCGGUGGAAUUAGCGUGUUCAGUGACAAUGGUAUACAGUAUUAUUCCACGAUUCUGGCUCACGAGAUGGGACACAACCUGGGGAUGAACCAUGACACCUCGUCCUGCCAGUGUGGAGGAAACACCUGCAUCAUGUACCCCACCGCCACCGGAUCGACUUUGUUCAGCCAGUGCAGCGAUAACGAUUUUGAGAAUCUGGUCCAGCGUGGAGGAGGCGUGUGUCUGCUGAAUCAGCCAUCUCCGGAAAACGUCAUCUCCAUACCCACGUGCGGCAACCAGAUCCUGGAGGGAACCGAGGAGUGCGACUGUGGACCGCCACAGACAUGCAAUAAUAAAUGUUGUGAUGCAGCUACAUGCACUUUCACAAAGGGUUCAGCCUGUGCUGCUGGAGUCUGCUGCAAAGACUGUCAGGUGCUGGUGUCUGGAACGCCCUGCAGAGUGUCAGUGAACGAGUGCGACCUGCCUGAGUACUGCACCGGCCAGUCUGGUUUCUGCCCUCCAGACACCUACCUAAUGGACGGUCUGACCUGCCAGAACAACAGCGCCUACUGCUACGAGGGCCGGUGCCAGACCCUGGACUACCAGUGCAAGCAGCUCUUCGGCCCAACCGCAACAAAAGCUGAUGAUAAAUGCUUUAGCUACGUGAACACACUGGGCACCGGUUUUGGAAACUGUGGUUACUCCAGGUCCAGUUUUGCCCCAUGUUCAGUGGCUAACUCCAUGUGUGGGAAGAUCCAGUGCACAAACUUUGACACUAACUUCCCCCCGCCUGGGGCAAUCAUCAGCAUCCAGAACAUAGCACCAGGGAUCUCAUGCAGGAACGCUGACUUCAACAUGGGACCCGAUGUUCUGGACCCGGGAUAUGUCAAAAAAGGGACUGUCUGCGCUGUAAAUAAAGUCUGCCUGAACUUCAACUGUGUGAAUUCAUCAGUGAUGACACAGGGACAGAUGUGUAACGCUGUAAGGGACUGCAACAGCAAUGGGGUGUGUAAUAACUUGGACCACUGUCACUGUAACAAUGGCUGGGCUCCGCCUUACUGCAACACAUGGGGCAGAGGAGGCAGUAUAGAUAGCGGACCUGCUCAGAUCGAUUACUCGCUGAGGAAUGGCCUGCUGAUCUUCUUCCUGUUGGUGCUGCCCAUUCUGGUGCUGGCGGUGUUUGGUUUUCUGUAUGUGUUCAGGCGGGACUCACUAAAUAGAUGCUUCAGGAGCCGACGGUCCACACGCCGCAGGACUAAUGAAGCGAAUGCUCAGAGUAACAACCAGCCAAGCGGAAACGUACAACGUCCAACACGUCCUCCUCCACCCUCACAAUAUCCACAGUAUCCAUCUCCCACCUCUGGUGCUCAGGCAAGUUCUAACAGUCAAGGUUUGGGUGGCGUGCAGCCUGCAGUUUGGACUUCUCAGCUUCCCAGAAAUGGACCCGGAGUACCCCGACCCAUUCCACCCAGAAACGUUGUCACCUGAGCAAACUCUGGAUGUGAACAAGGAUGUUUGUGAAAUCGCUCUCCCAGUGAAGGAGUGUCAUGUUCAUUUCUAGUUUUAUGUAACGUACAGCAAUAUUGUCAGAAAUGAUUCUAAAUGUGUUUUUAAAUGUUGUUUGUUAAAUAUUUGAUGAAGGUUGUUUUUUUUGGUACACCAUUCAAUUUUUUUACAAUUUAAAAUGUGCAUAUAAGUAAGCGUAUAAAUCCUUUAAAUUAAUUACAAAUUCUUUAAUAAAUCCAUGUUUUAAGAUAUAAAUUGAUGUUGAUUCGUUACCUGCCAAAUAUUGUGUAAUAAGGUUUCAGUGUGCUCAUUUAACUCCAUAGUGCAUUGAGCUCCUGUUACACCUAGUGGUCAAACACAAGAGGCACUAAUGUUGUGUACUGGGGUAGGAAUCACACACACACAAAUGAAGUUCCUGUUUACAUUUACGGCAUUUGGCAGACAACCUUAUUCAGAGUUACUUACAUUUUUAUUUCAAUUUAUACAACUCAGUAAUUAAGGGUUAAGGGCCUUGCACAGGGUCCCAUCAAUGGCAACUGAACGGACCUGGGAUUUGAUCUCAUGACCUUCUGAUCAGUAGUCCAAUGCCUUGUCACAAUAUUUAUGUCUGUACUUUUGAGAGUCACAAACAGCUGGAACCAAAUUUCUUGUGUGUGUCAACACCCUUGGCCAAAUAAACCCGAUAUUGAUUCUGA